CUGUGCCAAGCAUUGGAUCAAUCGCUCUUAGACAACAUAGCGACUAGUCUUGAUCUGAGAUUUGACGUGUUAAACAACCUUAUUGGUGGAUGCCAAGUUCGUUUAACUUUCACGAACAAAGGUCGCCGUGUUAUUAGUGGUGAUAACUGGACAGUUUAUUUUAACUCCAUAAGAAAAAUCACUCCCGGUUUUACACCUCGGAUAAAGAUGGCUGUGGCUCACAUUGAUGGUUAUCUCCACAAACUGACGCCUACCAGACAUUUCCCACGUUUACUGCCUGGUAAAGAACUGAAAUUAGAUCUUAAAGCUGAAUACUCAAUUGUUUCUAAAACCGACGUUAUGCCAAACUGGUACGUGGUCGCGCGUGGUUUGGAACCAAGAAUAAUCCACAGCACUGCAGGAGAAAGUAUGAAAUUUGUGGGCCCGUUUGACACUCCCUCUAAGUGGAAACGCUCAGGACAGGAUAUGUAUGAUCCCCUCACGCCAGAGAAACGGUUCGACAACAUCAAAGUCAACGAUAUUCGCAAGGCUGGAAACCUUAUAUUACCUACUCCUUCGGCACUCAAGGUUAAAAGUAUAACACAAAAAGUGAACUUACGUUGCGGAAAUUGGAAUAUAAUUGCCAGGAGAAGUUUAGUUAAUGAAGGUCAAUACUUAGCAGGUUCGUCGAUGCAUUAUUAUUAUUUGUUGUUGUCGUUGUUGUUAAGAUCAUCAUCAUCAUCAUCAUUAUUUAUUUUGGGGAAUGUAGUGGUGAGAGCACUCGCCUUCCAACAUUUUGGCCCGUUUUCAAAUCCCGGCGUCGACACCAUAAGUAGGCAGAGUUUGUUGUAGGUUCUCUCCUGCGCUCCGAGGGUUUUUUUUCUCCGGUACCCCUGUUUUCCCCUCUCCUCAAAAACCAACUUUUCCAAAUUGGAGUUUGACCAGCUAGGAAUCAGGUAAACGAAGAAACACUAUGUGGAUGUGCUAUCUCUAAAUCGAUAUUUAUUUAUUUAUCUAUUUAUUUAUUUAUAUAUUGCACACGUUCCAUUGGAAUAUGUCUUGGUCAUUGAAGACCAAGGAAAACUGGUCAACAAAGACAAAAAAUGUACAUGGAGAUAAAUUUAUGACUUAUAACUGACUAUUACCUUCUAGAUAAGCGGUAGAAUUUAUCAAUACUAAUCCCUUCACAGGAAAACUUAACAUACCAGUCAUGAAAUCCUCCAAAUCAAGAAAUGAGUUCAUCGAACUCAAGAUUGGUACAGUGUACAUAGAAGAUAAGAAGAGCGAAUGCGAUGAAGCUUACAAUUUGAAUGUCGAUCCUCAGAAACUGAUUAUUCGAAUUGUUGGUAAUACACCAAAGGCUGUGUUCUGGGGAAUUCAGUCGCUUUUAAGUAUGUUGGGCGAUGGAGAGGUACCCUGGGUUACAAUUGAGGACUCACCAAGAUAUGAGUAUCGAGGACUGAGUAUAGAUGUGGCUAGAAACUUCCUUCAAAAGAAUGAAGUUAUGAGGAUACUCGAUGGCAUGGCUAUGUUUAAAAUUAACAAACUCCAUCUUCAUCUAACGGAUGACGAAGGUUGGCGGCUGGAGAUUCCUGGACUAACAGAGCUCACUGAAGUAGGUGUACAAAUUUAAGAGGUUGGUGGGGUGUGACAGAUCAGAGGGGCAAAAGCUAGGAGAAAAGGAGAGAGUCGUCAUGCAUUGUAGAAACCGGCUGAAGCGACUACAAAAGAUUAUUUCAAAUGUUAUUUGCUAAAGUUUAUUUUCUCAAGUUUUUGAAAGGACCUUGGAAAUCCAGCAAUGGCCAUGUUCAAACAAAUUUUGCUAUCCUGGGUCUGAUACAUGAUGGUGGCAAAAGAAGAGACAACUUUACUUAAAAGACUUUUAUGUUUCUCUUCGCCUACAUUUUUCAAAAAUGUAUUUGUUAGUUACUUAUAGUCAAACCUCCCAUUAGACGCACUAAAAUUGGAGGCCUGCGGGCUCCUUUGUGCCGUCGUUUACCACGUUUGACCAAAGGACAGAGCCAAGUAUCCAGGCUUUACAGAUAUGUCCAAGAUUAGUUUAAAAUUGGCAUCUUCGGGACCAAAACGUCGCCCCAUGUGAUGGAAUCGGGAUUCCAGAAUCAGGGUAAUUUUUGCUUGUGAAAUCUGGAAUCCAGGGCUUUGGAUUCCGGAAUACAGCUCAAGGAACCCAUUGGAAAACCAGGAAUCCAAGUUUCACUGAAAAAGAAUCCGGAAUCCAGGACUGCCUUGGAUUCCCUUACAUGGGGCAAAAAAAGAAACUAUUCAAAAUAGAGGGAUAUCCUGUACAGAGGUAGGGAUUGUAUGAAGUUUGGAACUUUGAAACCAACAAUGCGUAAGGAGAACUUUGAUCGUAAUUUUCCCCGUUUGUUAUUGCUUAACUCCUAGAUUGCCUCCCAGCGGUGUCAUGACCUUCAAGAGAAGCAUUGCCUUGAGCCUCAGUUAGGGUCAGGUCCCUUUAACAACACCUCUGGCACCGGUCAUUACUCGGUAAAGGACUAUCAAGAAAUUUUGACAUAUGCCAAACAAAGGCAUAUUGACAUUAUACCAGAGUUUGAUCUCCCUGGUCAUUCGCAUGCCGCCAUUACAGCCUCUGUGAACCGAUACAGAAAGUACCUUGAUAUGGGCAAAUCUGAGGAUGGAUUGAAAUUCUACUUGAAUGAUCCGGAAGACAAGUCAUUUUACGAAUCAGGUCAAUUCUUCCGCAACAAUUCUGUAAAUCCAUGCUUGGAGUCAACCUAUAAUUUUGUAGAAGAGUUGAUUUUACAAGUGCAAGCUAUGCACGCGGAGAUUCAGCCACUCAAAGUCAUCCAUUUUGGAGGAGACGAGGUCCCUCAGGGUGCUUGGGCACUCUCCCCUGCUUGUCAACGACUGUCUGCGAAGACAAAUUCUCCAUAUCAGGGCUGGAAAGCGUAUUUUAUCAAACGUGUUGCUAGCAUUGCAGCAAAAUACGGCUUAAAUCUUGGACUGUGGGAAGAUGGAUUGCUGGAUGCAACGUUUACACCACUAACGCGAAGUGAAUUGAGGAGCGAUGUGGUUUAUGGUUACGCCUGGGGAAACACCAAGAAUCUUGGAUAUAGACUGGCUAAUGCUGGUUACAAGGUCAGUUGAUGAUCCGGCUCUUCAAGUGUUCCCAUGCCCACUGUUUUUUUUUUAUUAGAAUCUGAUGAUGUCAAUCUUUGAACAUUUUUUUAUUGUGCAUGCUGAACUGUUCUCACACUGACCUUACGAAACUACGACGGCGACAGCAACGGGAACGUCAAAAAGCAAUAAAGUUUAAAGGGUAACAACAACAACUCUGGACGCACAUCAUGUUCGUUUUUAAAUUUCUUUGCCAGCUCUGCGCAACUAAAAUGACCAAAUUUUAAGUUUACUUGAUAAAGAGAACGGCAAGGCGAUAAAUUCUACCAUCUAUUUCUGAGCUCUGGCCUGGUCCCCUCUCUCCAACUCCUAAUUUCCUGGUUUUAUUCCUUGAAAUGGGUGCCGAGGAACUCAACAUUGUUUACAAAAGGGGAGCAAUCGAGCUGCAUUUGUAAAUUUUUAUAAACCCUUCGCCCAUUAGGUUGUAAUGACGCAGGCCUCUCAUCUUUAUUUUGAUCAUCCUUAUGAGCCGGAUCCUGAAGAGAGAGGUUUAUACUGGGCCACAAGAUAUACUGACACUCGGAAAGCUUUUGGCUUCAUGCCUGAACAUCUGUACGACAGCUUAGAGAAUGAUGGAAACGGGAUGCCAAUCAAUGACUUCUGCAGCACGGCGGGUGAUUGUGUGAAACCAAAUAAACUUCAAAACAUUGUUGGUUAGUUGAAAAUACCAGAAAGCUAGUUCCUAAAACUCAUUUAGGUGGAGAAAUCACCACCCUGAAGAAGGUUUUGAGAUCGGAUAGUACUUACAAAAAUUUCCCUCGCUGCCUGUCUCAGUGUUUAACUAUUCUGUGAAACACUCCUUCUAGUGUUUGAUAGUACUUCUCCAUGUUUAGAUAUCAGAUGAAAAACUUCUUCUUGUGUUUGGUAUAUUACUCGGCUUAGGUAACAGACAUUUUUUAUCUGUAUGGGUAUUUGCGACGAAAUCGAAGCAGCGACUGUUUGAGAUUAAAGCGACGAUUGUAUUGCCAUUCCACUCAUUUUGUUCGAUGACGGCAAUGAAAUCUGCCAAAAAUGUGCUACUGACACAUUUAGAGUUUUUGCUUUGCUUAUUAACCGGCUGCUUUUUUAAUUUUCUCGUUUCCGUCGCCUAUGUGGUUGUGCUGAGGUCGCUGGUAGCGUUACCACGCAAAACAAUUCUUGACAUACGAAGAUUAUGCCUGAAAAACGGACGAUUUGAUGGAAAACGAGCGACGAAAUCGACGUCGGCAGGUGCCCAUACAGAGACUUAACACUCCUCCUCAUGAUUGAUAUAUUUCUUCACGGUGAUUAAAUAUCUGAUGAUUUAAAAGAAACACUCUUAUAGUGUUUGAUAUAUUUGAUAGUUACAUUGUAUUGGUGUUUGGAUAUCAGAUGAAAUAUUCCUUCUCGGGUAAAAUAUAUUACCUCUUAUUGUAUAGAUAUCAGAUCAAAUACUCCUUACUCGAGUUUUAAAAUUACUACUCGGUCAGAUCUGGAUGUCGUUUGAUAUAUAACUUUUUAAAUAUUAGCUUUUGAUACCUAGCCGCCCAGCACUAUCUUCGUUUCUUCAGAAUCAAAGAUUGUUCCCACAUUUUGUAGGUAUGGCAGGAUCCGUCUGGUCAGAAACAAUAAGAACCCCGUCACAAUUUCAGUCAAUGAUAUUCCCAAGAAUUCUUGCUGUGGCGGAGAGAGCCUGGCAUAAGGAUAUUUGGGAAGAUGAAAGGAAUAAAUCACAGAGAAACAGGAUGAGGAAAGCAAGUUGGGAAAAGUUUGCCAACACCCUGGGUUACAAAGAACUGUCGCGACUGGACAACCUGGGAAUAAAUUACCGCAUUCCUCUACCAGGAGCCAGGUAUACCCUUUUGUUUUGUUUUAAAUACUGACAUAAGUAUGGAUACAGAUGAUACCAGUUGUAUUUGUAUCUCAUUUUAAUCACGUGAUGACCAACGACAACUUUUAAAAUUCUUUUUCAAGGGUCGGUGAACAGCAUUACAGUGCAUGCAAAGUCCUGCUCAAGGAACUCUUGUUGUUACAACACAAUUACGAUUUUAAUAAUUUAACUAAUUUAAGUCAUUGGGCCCUUCAAAUUUCUCAGCUGUCUUUGCCUGGGGAGGCAUUUCCUGAUUUUGAGAAAAGUGGAUUGUAGAAUUAACUACCUGUGUUUUGUUUGGAGCGCAUGUCAUUAAUAAGAGACGUCCGAGAUAGGAUAGCUAGCGUGCUGUUGCGAUGGAUGUUUUACAAAGCGAAUAAUAGUACUGUUAAUAUCAGUGAACUUUUACGAAGUAUAAGCUAACAUUUUUUCUUCAUGCUUGCCACACUUGAUGGGUUAUGUAAAUUCCUAGCAGCCAAAAACAUAUUCAUACUCUUGUUUUCUCUUUUCCGGUUUUCAGAAUUGUCGAUGGUGUUCUCAAAACAAAUGUAGCAUUUCCUGGUCUCAAGGUUGAGUACAGUAUCGAUGGUGGUAAAACUUGGUUUGAUACCAAAGGAGCAAAUGUCACCAGCGGUAAAUUACUUCUAAGAACUAGGUAA